AUUAUCCACCGGCACCUGGUGAUUACCAAGGAUCUCCGAUGGGGAGGAGGGCUGCUUUGUUUACUAACAGUCCUCCUCCCUGUUGGCUUGGGCACACUGCUCUGGAUGGCUGUGCACAGCCACCCAGAGCAGUGUGCUUACAGUGAAGCACCAACACACCGCCCCCAGUAAAACACUCCCUACACACAGUUAACCCUUUGAUCAUCGCAGAUGUUAACCCCUUCCUGCCCAGUUCCAUUAGUGCAGUGUCAGUGCUUUUUAUUAGCACUGAUUACUGUAUUGGUGUCAUUUGGGUUGUUAGUGACAGUUAGUCAGUUGCCCCCGAGUGUCAGAAUGCCUGUCGCAGUCCCGUUAUAAGUCGCUGA